AUGAACCCUGCCAUCACCAGCUAUGAGCGCCCUGACCCUCUGCAGAGUGAUGGUGAUGUGCUCGGCUCCCACCCAGAUGGCCAAGGCAGGAAGAAAAGUGGGCAGCUUGGGAACCCCACUGGCAGCCACCUGGCCUAUGGCAUCCUGGACACCCCACCCUGGCACCUCUGCAUCUUCUUGGGGAUCCAGCACUUCCUCACGGCCCUGGGGGGGCUCGUGGCUGUGCCGCUUAUCCUGGCCAAGGACCUGUGCCUGCAGCAUGACCCCCUGACCCAGAGCUACCUCAUCAGCACCAUUUUCUUCGUCUCUGGCAUCUGCACUCUCCUGCAAGUGUUCUUGGGAGUCAGGCUGCCCAUCCUCCAGGGAGGGACGUUUGCUUUCUUGGCACCCUCCCUGGCCAUGCUCUCGCUUCCUGCCUGGAGGUGCCCUGAGUGGACGUUCAAUGCCAGCCUGGUGAACACCAGUUCUCCUGAGUUCACUGAGGAGUGGCAGAAGAGGAUCCGAGAGUUGCAGGGCACUAUCAUGGUGGCCUCCUGUGUCCAGAUGCUGGUGGGCUUCUCAGGACUCAUUGGCUUUCUCAUGCGCUUUAUUGGUCCCUUGACUAUUGCUCCAACCAUCUCCCUGGUGGCCCUGCCUCUCUUCGAUUCUGCAGGCAAUGAUGCUGGGAACCACUGGGGGAUAGCUGCAAUGACCAUCUUUCUCAUCGUGCUGUUUUCUCAGUACCUGAAAAACAUCACGGUGCCCGUGCUCGUGUAUGGACAAAAGAAGAAAUUUCACACCUCCAAGUUCCACCUGUUUCAGGUCUUCCCGGUGCUGCUGGCGCUCUGCAUCUCCUGGCUCACCUGCUUUGUGCUCACGGUCACCGACGCCCUCCCCUCGGCCCCCGCGGCCUACGGGCACUGGGCCCGCACCGACACCAAAGGCAGCGUCCUGAGCCAGGCCCCGUGGUUCCGUGUCCCUUACCCAGGACAGUGGGGCCUCCCCACCAUCAGCCUGGCAGGGGUCUGCGGCAUCAUCGCUGGCGUGAUCUCCUCCAUGGUGGAGUCGGUUGGCGACUAUUAUGCCUGUGCCCGGCUGGUGGGGGCUCCGACCCCCCCGAGACAUGCCAUCAACCGUGGCAUAGGCAUUGAGGGGCUCGGCUGCCUGCUGGCGGGAGCCUGGGGGACAGGGAACGGCACCACCUCCUACAGUGAGAACGUGGGGGUGCUGGGCAUCACCCAGGUGGGGAGCAGGAUGGUGAUCGUGGCGGCAGGCUGUGUGCUGCUCCUGAUGGGUGUGUUUGGAAAGAUUGGGGCUGCGUUUGCCACCAUCCCGACCCCUGUGAUCGGAGGCAUGUUCCUGGUGAUGUUCGGGGUCAUCACGGCCGUGGGGAUUUCCAAUCUGCAGUACGUGGACAUGAACUCCUCCCGGAAUCUCUUUGUCUUUGGCUUCUCCAUCUACUGUGGGCUCGCCAUUCCCAACUGGGUGAACAAGAACCCCGAGAGGCUCCAGACAGGCAUUCUCCAGCUGGACCAGGUCAUCCAGGUACUGCUGACCACCGGCAUGUUUGUUGGUGGAUCUCUGGGCUUUCUACUGGACAACACCAUCCCAGGAAGUGUGGAGGAGCGCGGGCUCCUGGCGUGGAAUCAAAGCCAGGAGGAGUCAGAGGCGACCUCGGAAGCCUCUGAGAUCUACGGCCUCCCCUGUGGGAUUGGCACCAAGUUCUACACUUCUUCCUGCAGCUGGUGCCUUCCUUUCUGGCCCCAGCUGGAGGGAGUCCGGAAACGUGAGGUGGAGGUGAGCCAGCUCACCCUCUGCUCCUUGGACGUCCCAGGAUACCGCCGCAAAGGUGAUCAGGAGACCAGAAUGUGAAGAGAACCAUCCUGGCACCCCCCAGAGCCCCUGCCCCAGAACGUGCUGA